CCAAAUUGAUUUGUAUAAAUAUAUAAACAUAAAGAAAGUUAGUUGCUUCCCUACGCUAUAAUUUUUUUGGCCUCGGGGAGAAAGGAAAUCAGAUGCAGUACACGUGCAGGUGAGAUCCCGGCGGACUGAUGAGUGGCUAAUGUUGUACCUCCGUUUAAGACAGGAUCAAAGGAAAGUCCUGGGAACUAUAGAACGCAUUGGAGUCGAAUGUUUCACCGUCUAUGGGCGCGGUGGAUGGAAAAGCUUACUCCAACUGGUGAGCGAGGAAUGCCAUUGUGGGACCGCAACUUUUCUAGGUUUAUUCUAUCAGGUCACGACAGCUGAACGUAAUCGGGGGCAAUAGAUGGAAAAGUUUAGCGGUUACAUCAGUUGAGUUUUUUUGGCGGAAGGCGCUCGAUUCGAGAGACUCGGCAGGAAAAGGCGUUACAAAUUAUGCUACUCUGAUCAGAUCGCGCCACUUUCAAACGUCUCCAGUGCCGGCAGCAGAGAAGUUGCGGAAUCGUCUAUAAAGAGGAUGGCUACGCCACCAAAAAGAAUGUGCAUCAGUCCUCUUUUCAAUGAUAGCUUUGAAAAGAGAGCAAAAAAGAUUUCAAUCGAAGGGAAUAUUGCUGCAGGAAAAUCUACUUUUGUUCGAAUUUUGGAACGAAGCAGUGAUGAGUGGGAAGUUGUUCCCGAACCUAUUGCGAAAUGGUGUAACGUACAAACCACUGAAAAUGAAUUCCAGGAACUUACAACAUCCCAGAAGAGUGGUGGCAAUCUCCUCCAGAUGCUUUAUGACAAACCAAGUAGAUGGGCAUACACAUUUCAAACUUACGCUUGUCUGAGUAGAGUUCGGGCACAGCUUAAGCCUUUGUCUUCCAAAAUUCAUGAAGCAGAACAUCCUAUACAGUUCUUUGAAAGAUCUGUAUACAGUGACAGGUAUGUAUUUGCCUCAUCUUUGUUUGAAUCUGGAAACCUUAAUGAAACGGAAUGGUCCAUUUACCAAGAUUGGCAUGCUUGGAUAUUGAAUCAAUUUGGUUCAGAAAUCGAAUUGGAUGCCAUAAUCUAUCUACGAGCAACUCCGGAAAAAUGUAUGGAGCGACUUCAUCUGAGAGGCCGUGAGGAGGAACAAGGAAUUGAGUUGGAGUAUCUAGAGAAAUUAGAUUAUAAGCAUGAAUCUUGGCUUCAUAACCGAACAAUGAAGGUUGACUUUGAAUACUUGAAGGAGAUUCCUAUUUUGGUGCUGGAUGUUAAUGAAGAUUUUAAGGAUGACAAGAUUAAACAAGAGGACAUUUUAGAAAAGGUGAAGGCAUUCUUGCAGACAUUAUAGCAGAAGGAAACUGAUAACAAACUUGAAUGUUUUGCACUGACUUUUAUCUGUUGUAUGAACUUGGGAGUAAAUAACUUGGAUUUGAGAAAUAAAUUUUAUCUGAAAAAUGCUUACAUUGUUGGACUGGAUGCAGGUCACACCUAACAUAGUAUGCAUCAAGUUUGGUAUUCAGUCCAACAUCUCUACUCAAGCAAUUGUAAAUCUUUCACACAAACUGCAUUGUCAAAUCACUUUUAUGGAAAUUGUUAAUUGUUUGUUUCAUGACCAGCACUUGUUCCUUGAUUUCAUUGUUGACUUCAUCAUUUAUUUAUAGUUCUAUUUUUUUUAACCCAUAUCCAUGCAUCUCAAUCGACUCCAGUCAGUUCUUCCCUUUUAAGAAGAUUAGACUCGUUUUAAAGUCAUUACAGUGAGAAAAUACUUUUCUUUGUAUUUUUGCUGUUUUAUUAAGGUUUUGCUGUAUUUUUGGGAAGUGUUUUGGUGGCAUUUGCCCAUGUGUUUCUAACAGCUAUAUUCUACAAUAUUGCUUUGAAAAUGGAAAUUUCUAUGGGAACAAGUAUUAAAUAGAUUGAGCUUGAUAUAAUGUGCAACUAAUAAAUCAUUUAUAGAGAU